AUGAAAAUUCAGUGUGAUGUGUGCGAGAAGGCUCCGGCGACGGUGAUUUGUUGCGCCGACGAGGCAGCUCUGUGCGCCAAAUGUGAUGUUGAAGUGCACGCAGCAAAUAAGCUUGCAAGCAAGCACCAGAGGCUUCUUCUAAAUUGCCUCUCCAACAAGCUCCCUAGAUGUGACAUAUGCCAAGAUAAGGCAGCGUUUAUAUUCUGCGUUGAAGACAGAGCCCUCUUUUGUCAGGAUUGUGAUGAACCAAUUCAUUCAGCCAAUAGCCUCUCUGCAAACCACCAGAGGUUCCUUGCCACUGGAAUCCGAGUGGCACUGAGCUCCAGUUGUACUAAGGAAGCUGAAACAAGUAGCUUGGAGCCACCCGAGCGUAGCACACAGCAGAUUUCGACAAAAAUUUCAGCACCACAGGCUUCCGGCAUCUCGUCACCUUGGGGCGUCGAUGACUUGCUGCAAUUAUCAGAUUUUGAAUCUUCUGACAAGAAAGAGUCACUUGAGUUUGGAGAGCUUGAAUGGAUAGCAGAUAUGGGUCUUUUUGGUGAGCAGUUUCCUCAGGAGGCCGUGGCAGCAGCUGAAGUUCCUCAGCUUCCAGCAUCACAGCCAAGCAAUUUUGCCUCAUAUAGACCCCCAAAAUCAAACGGCCCAUACAAGAAGCCUAGGAUUGAAAUCUCAGAUGAUGAUGAGCAUUUUACCGUUCCUGAUCUUGGCAUAUUUUAG